UCCGUUCAAGCGUCUAGAAGCGUUCCGUACGCAACGGUCUCGCGUCUUUCCUGCGAGCUCGCAAUUUUCUGUAUGCAAAAGGACCUCCUACUCCGUGUGAACGCGCGCGUCCGAUUGAUUUCAGAGAGUUUCACGCGUGUGUAUACGUGCGAAGAACUGUCGAACACUCCGCUCGAGAUCAGAGCAUGACGCCGGUUUGCGUAGCGGAUGUUCGUACACAAAACUACUGCUUUCGCUCCGUAUCACUCCAUUUUCACCGCACUCCAGCUUCAACGAACUAAGGAAGCGCGAGUAACUGAGCUGAGAAGCUGUGCACGGAUCCGCCGUUACCCAGUGACACGGUGAUCGUCGUACUUUCUUGACCGACCAGUUCGAGGCUUGCAAUUUGUGCGAAAAGGCAUCGGCGCGAGAGUGAAAAUCGAAAGCCCCGCAAGGUCGCCGAUGAAAAAUCACGUACGACGGGCGCUGCACGUUCUUUUAUCCUUCGAGUCCGUCACUACUGAGAGCUCUCGUAGAGACGCUGGCUAGAAGAAAGCGGCCUGUAUGUACGGCUUAUUCAUCACCACGACGUUGAAGACACUCCGCGGCAGAACGAUACGGAUCGCAACAAUUGGCGGCGAAGUAAGAAACAGUUAAUUGACGUAAGGUUCACGCCGAGGAGUCCCGGUGGGUUUCGUGUGUGCGGGACGCCGUGGAAAGAACAAGAAGAAACAAACGAGAUCUCGGUGUAAUUACAGAUUCGUGUGUGCUUUCUCACGUUACACAUGGUGCAAAGCGCAUUGUGCACAGUGAAAGAUGGUAAGAUAUCGGAAUGAAUGAUUCACUGAAGACAGUCGCGAUGGAGACGUAUUCCGAAGAGAAUUGCCUGAAAGUGUCUUCGCCGAUACAGAACGUAGCGCGGCAAGACUCUGGCGUACCGGAAGAUCUCGCUUCGCCUGUUAACGAUGAGACACGACCACUUAACGAGGAGGAUCCGGACCUCACGAUGAAUAGCGAAUGCAACAUCACGGUGAUCCACAUCUCCGAAUCGCAGAGUGGCAAGACUAGCGAAAAGUCGCUAAGUGAAAAUAAAGACAGUAAGGAUGGCAGUGACAGCGGAGUCGAGGGCUGCGCGACGGAAGUUCCGAGAGUACGUAGGAAUAGUGCCGACUACGGGAGCAGUUGCGGUGGACUGGACGAGGCCUCUUGUGACUCCAGCCUCGUCAGUUGCUGUUCCGUGUACGAGGACCCCUGCGCCACGCUGCCAGAUGAUGUUCGCCUGGGUGCUACUGGUGGCGAGGGUACCAGUGAAGGUGGCAGCGAGAGCUCGUCCAUCGCUGGCAGCGUAUCCGUGCGAACGAGUCGCGUGAACGUGAAAAGGGCUGCGACGAUUUCCAGCGCGGCGAAGAAGAAAACAGCCGGUACCGAGUCCCAAAAGGCCAUUCGCACGAAACCAACCACGACGACAUCGAGCACGAGCGUGAGCGUGAUGACGCCGCGAUCGAAGUCACGGACAGCCACGCCGAGGAACAUAUUGACCAAGACACAAAGCGCGAGCAGAGAGAGAGGAGAACGGGACCGGGCACGAUCGAGAGAGAAAUCGAGCGCCAGGGAAUCGAGCUCCUCUUUGAUCACGGAAGUCAAGACUCCGGCUGGUGGCCGCGCUAUGCCAGUAUACAGCUGCCGUUCCAGCACGGGCACCAGCUCCUCCAAUCCGGCGUCCACCUCUACCUCGUCCUUUACGAGGACGAGGACGAGAGCGUUGCCCGACUCGUUGCCGUCCGUGCUGACCACGGAGAUCAACAAGGAUCUCGCCCAACGCGGCGCUGUGAGCGUGAGAGGAGUUAUCAAGAAUGACUCGAGAUCCAGAGCCGGGUCCAGCACGCGAGGAUCACGCACGCCAGUUUCAACGCCGUCCGAGGAUACGAGAUCGAAGAUACCAUCCUUGUCGACUCCCCGCGUCCUUUAUACUGCGCGUGCCGACGCGAAGAACUCUCGCACGGAUAAGGCGGCCGUCGGGAACGGCGGGCUAGAUAACAAGGCGUUGGACACGUAUGCAACAUUACCGCGCAGAAACAGAAAUAAACUCGUGAUCUCGAAGAACCCUAGCGAAAAGAUAGACAACAACAAUAAGGUAACAACGAUAAGCAGCUCUGGUAGUCGAGAUGCCAGUCUCAACAGAGCCAUCGAGAAGAGAAUUGCCGGCGCGAAGGAGUCUUCCGUCGGUCACAAGAGCUUGCCCCCGUAUCCCAGACACAGGACGGCCGAGAGGACCCGUAUUUAUCACGAGACUAGCGCGCAGACCGGUUUGACCGGGCAGGACAUCGAAAACGCGUUGUCCGGACUGCCGAGUGCGGUGGCUGGACCCGAAGUCAUCGAAAGGCUAAACAAUAGUUGCCAGACGGAGGAUGCGUGGGACGAUAUGCAAGAUAACUUAAAACGCUUGAACGAAGAGAACGAUACACGGAAGGAAGAGAACGAGAAACUGAAGCUCGAGCUGGUCGAGGUAAAUCGCCUGUUGGAGGAGGAACGAGCUGACCAUGCGUUCGCGCGGCAGGAGCUCGACAGAAAUGCGCAGCGAGUUCUGGCUAUGUUGGGCACACCGCAAUCGGAACACGCAGAUGGCAGCGACAGUUUUCUCGAGCUGGAGUGUCAUAUACAAUCCUCGGGACAAGUGGUUGCUAAUCAACAAAUCGAAAUAGCUGAUUUACAAUCACUCUGCCGCAUGUUAAACAGGGACUUGGACAAAAGCCUAGCCGCGCAGAAGGCUUUGCUACAACAGCAGCAAGAAUUGGAGGCCGAGUCUGCGGAAAUGCAAGAUUUCCUUCAAGAAGAGAAGGCGACGUUGGCGGAUGCGCUUAAAGACGCCGAAUUAGAGCUCAAGAAGAAAGAAGCGACUUUGGUACAACGAGAAGCAGAAUUGGAAAGGCAAACGGAGGAGUGUAAACAUUUAGUACGAAUUAGCGAACAGAGAAGACAAGAAAAUUUAUCGAUGAGUAUGAAAUUGAACGCCGUCGAACGAAGAAGCCGAGAACUUUUGCUCACUCAAGGCGCUGCUAUGUCCGGCGCGGCUGUCGCCCUUUCUGGACUUGGUACCAGAUUAGAGGGAUUAGUAGAUCAAUUAAUUGCUUCUUAUAAUAUUUCAGUAAAAGAUCUUGAGGACGUCAUAUAUCAUAAUGAAGCAUACAGCAGAAGUAACAGUAGCAUGGAAUCUAGUCCUGUUAGCUCUAAGCAAAGUUUAAAGGAAUGCACGCCAAGUCCCAAGAGUGGAUCCUUCGUUUCCGCGGUGAUUGGCGCAAUUCGAAACGCUGCGACGCAUCCUUUUGCGACUCGGAAUAUCGACAAGAAGUCCAAUCUAGAUUCGUCCAAGCAGAUUUAUAAAGAAUUAAGCAUGGAAUCGUCAUCCGACUUGUUGGACUUUGAAACUGAACCUUGUCUAAUGAUGGAAAGCGUCUUAGAAGACGUGUCCUUACCCGACACGUAUUCGCACAAUAUGGUGUCGAGCAGCGAUUCUCUACGUAGAGCGUUGAGCUUUCCUGAAACGGUGGACGAACAUAACAUGAGGAAGUCGAAAAUCAGCGACGAGUGCACCAGUCUCACGAAUCUCACUCAGGCAAUCCUGCAUCGUCGUAAAGUGGAAGACGAGGGUGACGACGACUGCGAUUCCGUGAGCGGGUCCGACACCGGGACCAACGAUGGUCCUGUGCCUAUGACGGAUUAUUGUCCACCCGUGGGUCUCGUCGAUCAAGUGAUUGACGUGGAUAAUCUUGUUACGAAGCUCUUGAAAGUACUGCGAAUCAUACAGCUAGAUAACGAUACGUGUAUACAGGAAUUAAAAGAAGAGAGGUCCAAUUUGGAGUCGAAGUUAGAAACGACUGUGACGGAAUUGAGUGAGCUACGUAAGAUUAUUGAUAGUCUUCAUCAGUCAUCGGAGGAAGUGUUGAACAACGCGUCGGAUCGACAACGUAGCGUCGUCGAGAAUUGUCGGAUUCUGAUGAAAGAGGCGGGUAAGAAGGAAUUAAAGUUUGACGAAGCCGUAGUUGCUAUUAAUAGCAGUCCUGGCGAAGUAGACUGUGAAGAUCUCAAUGCGAACGAUGCAGCCCACUUACUCUCUUAAUACCUUAUUAAUAUUAUAUAUUACUUUCCUAUGUACUAUAAACAAUUUUGACUUUAGAAAAUGGUUAUGUCAAUUUCGAUAGUCUGUAUUAUAUUGCAUUACCCAGUAGACAAAAAACAUUCAAUCAACAUCUUGUAAUGUAAUGUUGGUUUUAUUUAACAUUUUUUCACUUAAUAUUUUAAAAACAUUUUGAAGAUUACUGGAUAAUAUGAUUGAAAUUUGUAAAUUGUACAUUUUCUUCCAAAAAUUGUAAAAAUGUUUUAGGAAUAUCAAAGUAUCGAAAUUAUAUUCGUAGUGAUGUUGAUAUAGCGUUAAAAAAAAAUUAUAUUUUAAGAAACGUUAUACGCCACUAAAUAUCAUCGAAUUAACGUUCUAUCAAUGAUUUUUGCUCACUGGGUAAGCAUUUAACGAGUGAUUGUCUACUGUUAGUCAUGGAAAUUUCGCUGAGAUAUUUCAUAUUGUCGCUUUAAAAUCUUUUUCCAAAUAUUUCGAAUGCUCUUGUUUCAGUUUUAAUCGAAUACAUUUUUCACACAUAAUAACACUCAUAGUUAUAAUAAUUAUGCCGUUUAUUUCAGAUUAAGAUGCGUGUACAUAGCACUGCAUGUCAAAAUUAAAAUAUAGUCUGAUCACAGAUUAAAAUGGGUGCACGCUCGCGUCGUUGUUUUUAAUAAGAUAAUUGUACAUUUAAAUGACUGUUUAAAAAUAAGUUCUGGUUGAAAUUACACUGAACUAAUUAUGUAGCAUAGAAAGAGACGUCGGAGAGUACGUUUCUAAUUUUAUUGAUUUUGCAUUUUAUAUCCCUAUCGACUGUAAUAUUGAUCAUAGUAUAUUUUUAAUGUAUUUAAAACAGCUCCAUGAAAUUGAUACUUCCAUCAAACUGAUAUAGACUCAUGAGUAAAUUAUCAGCAUCGAGUUUACUUACUUUUCUCACGUCACGACGAACAGGGUAUCCUACUUUUAUAAUAAUAAUAAUAUUAGCAUUUAAUAGAGAAUUUUAUGGGCGCAAGAUACCAUCAUUCAAAAUGAAAUCAUUGUAAGAAAUCGGAAUCGAAUAUCUUUCAGCGAAUUUUUGUUCGAUCAUGUAAUAAUUCCGAAUUAACAUAAUUGUUGUGUGGAAAAUUCAAAUAAAGAUAGCACAUAACGAA